AUGCAACUCAAGCGCAUGAGACAAGAAAGUCAAGCACAUACCUCAAGCGUUUUGCAUGAGUCUCGCAAUAUGACUCUUAAUUACGUUGAAAUUGACCAAAGUUUAUGCCUGUGGGAAGAUUUGUUUCCCCUUGUUGAGAGUCAUAUAACCGGCUUAACAAACAUUGCCCAAGAGAUGCAAGAAAGUGCAGAACAACAAAAAUAUGUUCAAGAGUUAUUAAAUAUUGCCAUACGUUUUAACGACUCUGAAGAAAAAGCGCGUACAUGUUUGAAAGAAGCAAGAAGAAACUUAAAAAAGUCGACCCGUCGUGCUGCUGAUGAAGAAGAUGAGGAAGAAGAGAUAGAUGAUAGCGAAUUAAAAAUGGAUAUAAUAGAAAAAUUAUAUGAAAAAUUUCAAAAGAUCUUGGUGAAAACAGUUGAUACGAAUACGCCCAUGUUUGAUCUUGAAGCUGAUAAUCGAUACCAAGAAUUUGGUGAAUGCAUUGAAAAUAUGAAACAUGGUUCAAGUGCUGAUACGGCUGUUAUUGACCAAGUUACAAGCUCAAAAUGUCCAUUGACUCAGAAAACAUUUCAUGAAGCAGUUCAAAAUAAAAAAUGUAAACAUCGCUAUGAAAAAGAAGCUGUAUUACAAUAUAUUAGUGAUAAACAAAAAUCAAGACGAAAAGCACAAUGUCCUGUUGCUGGCUGUGAUAAUAUAUUGAUUGAAAAAGAUUUGGUUAACGUUUAG